AUGGCGAAACCCUGCACUAGCCAUGAGAACCACACGCCACGUGCCUACCGUGGCGGCGAGCUGGAGGAGAACUGGGAGUUCUUCGCUACCCCUGCAGCUUCACGUGCUACACGCCCGGCGACUGCCGUCGUCAUUGACUGCGAGAUGGGCAAUGCGGCCUCGGGUGAGUCGGAACUGAUACGCGUCUCGGUCAUCGACUUCUUCACUCGUGAAGUGCUCCUCGACAAGCUCGUGUCGCCGAACGUCCCGAUGGCCCAUUAUAACACGCGCUACUCUGGCAUCACUCGGCAAAUGAUGGAAAACGCCCGCCGGCGCCGCACCUGUCUUGACGGUCGUCAAGCGGCCAGAGAGGCGAUAUGGCGAUUUGUCGACCCAAAGACUAUUGUAGUUGGCCAUGGCGCCCAGUCGGACUUGACUUCCCUGCGCUGGAUUCACACGGUGAUAAUAGACACAUUGAUGGUCGAAAUGAAAAGGCGGCGGAUGGAACGAGAGAUGGCAGAGGCCACCAAGGCAAUGCAGGCAACGCAAGUCAACCAUGGUGAGCGCGAUAGUGAAGAUGGUGGCGUUUCUCUUGAGGCAAGCAAUGACAACGAAGGGAAGACGGCGCCGCAAGCUGAAGGAGGGCUUUCGCUCAAGGCCUUGACCCUUGAUCGGCUUAACAGAAUCAUCCAGGUAAAGGGCCAAGGUCAUGAUAGCGUCGAGGAUGCCAUUGCGACCAGAGACUUGCUGUGCUGGCAAGUUUCGCAUUAUACCCAGUUGGCGGACUGA